UAAGAACUAAGCUCUGCAGCUCUCGAGCUCUCUUGAGCUAUCAAUUUCCAAAUAAUUUUAAGGGAAAUCAACCACUGUGGCUAUAUCGCCUCUAUCAUAAAAAAUAGUAACAAAAAUAUUUGGUCGCAACCAUGUCUGUAGUUUACACAUCUGCAGCUCUUAGUGCGACUUUGAAAAUAGUGCCUCGAAGAAUUAGUGCGAAAGCGACGAUUGUCCGAAGACACAAGUCUACAAGUUACCUGCACUGCGCUGGACGAACGCCACUGACCUCACUGACGGUCGGACGGCUUGUGGACAACGCUGCGGAGAAGUGGUCGGACAAGACUGCACUGGUGACAUGUCACCAGAGCGCCAAGUUGACCUUUCGACAAGUCCGCGACAAGGCCGAUCAGCUGGCCGCGGGGUUUGUGCGUUUGGGUCUUCGGCCCGGCGACCGGCUCGGCGUCUGGGCGCCCAACUGCGAGGAGUGGUACCUCACGCAGAUGGCCGCGGCCAAGGCCGGCCUCAUGCUGGUAACCAUAAACCCGCUGUACGAGGCAAAGGAGCUGCGAGAAUGCUUGAGAAAAGUGCAGGCGAGAGGGUUGGUCUAUGGGGAAAAGAUUCGCAACAAAAGCAUGCACGACACCCUGAUGCAAGUGCUGCCCGAUUUGGAGAAGACGGGCGACGGCCUGGUGCGUUCUUGGCACUUAGAGCACUUGAAAAGUAUCAUAGCAGUUGGACCUGAACCACCUAAAAUAUCUGUUCGUUUCGACGAUUUGGUGAAAGAAGAUUUGGAAAAUGCGAGAAAGAUUGUUUUAAAAAUAGAGGAGAGCAUUCAACCUGAUGACCCGUGCAAUGUGCAGUUUACAUCAGGCACAACUGGGCUCCCAAAAGCGGCUGUUUUGAGCCAUCACAAUAUUGUAAAUAACAGUUGGUACAUCGGGGAACGAUUCGAAUUAAAUGACAAGGAGGAAAACUCGAUAUGCAUGCCAAAUCCCCUGUUUCACGCUUUUGGCUGCGUAAUCGGCACGCUGGUAGCACUCAGCCAUGGAAUAAAACUCGUCUUGCCCGCGCCUAUGUCCAACGGAAAAGAAACUUUGAAAGCGCUCCAGCAAGAAAACUGCACAAUCGUGUACGGCACCCCCACGAUGCACAUCGACCUGCUGAACGCUAUCAGCAUGAAUUCCGUGCAAAAAUCGGAAUUAAAUGUGAAAAUCGCAGUAACCGCUGGCGCUUUCUGCCCAGCGGAAAUCCAGCGCCGAAUCAAGACCAAUUUGGCCGCAUUCGUUUGCACAUGCUACGGAAUGACAGAAUGCAGUCCCGUCAACUUCCAGUCUUCACCGUCCGACCCUGAGGACACUUUCAACGUUUCCGUAGGCAAGCUAAGCGAUCACUGGGAGGCGAAGGUUGUCGACCCUGAAGGAAACAUGGUGCCGUUUGGGGCGCCUGGCGAGCUGUGGGUCAGGGGCUACGGAAAUAUGCUAGGGUAUUAUGAGGAUGAAAGUGCUACCAGAGCCACUCUGAGACACGAUGGGUGGCUCAGGACUGGCGACCAAUUCGUGAUUGACAGUUGCGGUUUCGGUAGAGUUGUCGGCAGGAUUAAGGAUUUAAUAAUCAGGGGCGGUGAAAACAUAUACCCUGGUGAGGUUGAGGACGUUUUGCAAACCCACCCUGAUAUAAUCGAGGCACAGGUGGUAGGAAUUCCUGACGAAAGGUUGGGUGAGGUUGUUUGCGCCGCUGUCAGAGUUGCUGACAAAAAAAGCCUGGACAUCAGUGCAGCAAGACAAUUUUGCGAGGGGAAGAUCGCUAAAUAUAAAAUCCCGAUGCACGUGAUUGUUGUUGAAGACUACCCCAAAACUGCAACCGGCAAAAUACAAAAGUUCCAUCUCAAAGGCGUGCUUGAAGAAAUUGUAAAAAAAUCACCAUAACUUAAAUUUUGAAACAACACUUUAACUCUUAGUCUGAACGUAUUAAUCAGCCUAUAUGCAUAUAUGCUUACUAUCUUAUUUGUACACAAAAUUAAGGUUUCAAAUUAAAUAUUUGAUAAAUUUCAAAGGA